CAUAAAGCGUUUUCUAACCGACGCUAAAACUCAAGAAGAAGAACAAUCAGGGUUUUGCUAGCUUACGUUAGCGUCUAACGCUUUAUUUAUAAUAUACCCCGUCUCAAAAUGUCGUACAUCUAGUGCUGCUGACUAUAAAUAUGCGUGUCUGGCCCAAAGUGCGGCGAAUAUUGCAUUAAUCCGGAGUCAGACCACAAUGAAGACUCGUUUCCAAACAGGCCAAAACCACUCCAGUUUCUUCAUCUGAGGACUUCAUCACAUUCUGAUAUAAAGAUGGAGUUUAUAAAAGAGGAGAGGGAAGAAAUGAGGAUCCCCGAGCCCUGCAGAGUGAAAGAUGAGCAAACAGAGGAACCUGGAGGCCCGAUGCAAGUGAAAGAGGAGAGUGAAGAGGAGAAUGAGGAUGAUUAUCAUCAGCUGGAGGAUCCCCAGCGUCUACUCAGCGGACAGAAGAUAUUGAGCUGCUCAGAAACUGGGAAAGGCUUGUCUCACAAGAGAGCUCAGAAAACAGCCGGUUUUUUCUUCACCUGCCUCGAGUGCAAAAAAAGUUUUGAGUCCAAAGAGCACCUGAUGGAUCACUUCAGGAUUCACUCUGGAGAAAGCUGCACAGACACCGAAACCAACCUGACACAGAAAGCGGCUCCGGGAACGGUUUGCAAACUGCCCUUCACUUGCUUUCAGUGCCAGAAGAGUUUUGCAUGUAAAGAGCACCUGAUGGAUCACUACAGGAUCCACACGGUGGACCGACCGUUCCCCUGCGAUCAGUGCGACAAGAGCUUCAUUCACAAGCAGAGCCUGAAGAAUCACCUGAGAGUUCACACUGGCUUGAGGCCACAUGUGUGCCAUCUGUGUGGCAAGAGCUACAUCCACAAAGACAACCUCACAGAUCACAUCCGGAUCCACACCGGAGAGAAGCCUUUCGCAUGUGAUCAGUGCGGAAAGAGCUUCACACACAAGGGAAGCCUCCUGCAUCACAUGAAGAUCCACACCGGACUCAAGCCCUUCACCUGCCGCCAGUGUGGACGCCACUUCACUCACAAAGGAAACCUGAAGAUUCAUAUACGCAUUCACUCCGGAGAAAGACCCUUCACCUGUCCUCAGUGCGGCAAGAGCUUUAUCUAUCACGGGAACCUGGUGGGACACAUGAAGAAGCACUCGGGAGAGAAACUGUACCACUGCACUCAGUGCGGCAAGAGCUUCGUCGAGGCUCGGCAUCUGCAGAAACACGUGAAAACGCAUGCCACCGAACGACCCUUCAUGUGCUCUCAAUGCGGACGUGGCUUCUUAUGGCACCACAACUUCAAAGAGCACCAGAAGAUCCACACUGGAGAGAAGCCGCACGUGUGCUUUGACUGCGGGAAGGCCUUCACCAGACUCAUAUACCUGAAGCGGCACCAGAGGAUCCACACCGGAGAGAAGCCGUACAAGUGCGCUCGCUGCGGGGUGUGCUUCACCGUCUUGGACUCGCUCAAAGCACACGAGCGAGUGCACACUGGAGAGAAACCCUACGAGUGCCCGAAGUGUGGGAAGUGCUUCGGACGACUGAGUACACUACUGACUCAUAAGAAGAAGCACUGCCCCAAACUGACGAAGUGAAAGUCACUAUUCUUACAGGGAUGCUUCAUAAAUGUUAUUUAAAUAACAUUAUAUCUGCAUUAAUAUCCUUUGAGGAGCAGUUCAUUAAAAAUUGAAAAUCCAA